AUGGAGGGGUAUGUUAUAGCAAUCAUAUUAUUUCUUUUUGCGUUUGUUGUAUCUGUUAUUUACUUCACUUCUUGUUAUAAGAAAGGCAACAAUAAGAAGCACCGUCCUGUGGGGAUCGAUGCGAGGCGAAGAAAUAGAGCGUCAAUUUCUGGUCAAACUUAUGGUUCUGGUGGAAUAGGAGGGGGAAAUUAUAAUGGCAAUGACGUGAAUGGCGGUGGUGCUGCCUUCGUGGCUGGCGCUGCUGCCAUGUCAGCAGCUUUGACAAGCAUAACUAUAGAUGGUGAUGGUGGUAAUGGUGGUGGUGAUGGUGGAGGUGGUGAUGGCGGAGGAAGUUGA